CUGAGCUUUUUUUCUGCGACCAGCUCAGCUGUGCGGUUUCUCUCUCAGAGAGAGAGACAGGUUGAUGGUGCGCGUGGCUUUCGUCCACCCAGACCUUGGGAUAGGAGGUGCUGAACGGCUGGUGGUGGACGCUGCUCUCGCCCUCAAGUCCCGCGGCCACACUGUCCGUCUGUUCACCGCCCACCACGACCCGAGCCACUGCUUCAGAGAGACGACAGAUGGGAGCCUGGAGGUCACGUGCCGCGGGGACUGGCUCCCGAGACACUGCUGUCAUUUGGGCUACGCCUUCUGGGCCUACGUCCGUAUGAUCUACGUCGCCCUCUACCUGGUCCUGUUGAGCGGAGCAGAGUUCGACGUGGUUUUCUGUGACCAGAUCUCGGCGUGUGUCCCGGUCCUCAAAUGGAGCCAAGCCAGAGUCCUCUUCUACUGUCACUUCCCCGACCAGCUCCUCACGACUCGCCGCAGUCGGCUCAAGAAGCUGUACCGCUGGCCCAUCGACUGGGUGGAGGAAACCACCACAGGGAAAGCACACGAUGUUCUCGUGAACAGCAACUUCACGGCACAGGUGUUUCGCUCCACGUUCCGGUCUCUGGUCCACGUCCAGCCCACCGUUCUUUACCCGUCUCUGAAUUUCUCUGCUUUUGACCGGCCGCCUGAGGAUCUGGAGGAUGUGGUGCCCCCGCAGGCAAAGGUCGUGUUUCUGUCAAUCAACAGGUACGAGAGGAAAAAGAAUCUUCCCCUGGCAAUUAGGGCCUUCUCGCGGCUGCAGAGUCAACUCCGGGAGGGCGAGAGGCCAACUGUACAUCUUGUCAUGGCCGGGGGUUACGACGAUCGCGUGGUUGAAAACAGGGAGCAUUAUUUGGAACUCAGAAGACUUGCAGAGGAAUCGGGUGUCGCUGAUAACGUAACGUUUCUCCGUUCGUUCAGUGAUGCUCAGAAAGUUGCCCUACUUUCGGCCUGCACUGCUCUGAUCUACACGCCAUCCAACGAACACUUUGGUAUAUGCCCACUUGAAGCCAUGUACAUGGAGAGGCCAGUGAUUGCUGUUAAUAGUGGGGGGCCCCUCGAGACAGUCAUUGAUGGAAGGACGGGAUUCUUAUGUGAACCAACGCCAGAUGCGUUUGCAGUAAAGAUGGCUCAUUUCGUGCGAACGCCAGGGGCAAGGAGGGAAAUGGGGCAGGCUGGAAAAAGGAGAGUUGUGGGUUCUUUUUCCUUUGCUGCAUUCACGAGGAAACUGAACGCGAUUGUGACUCGGCUUGCAAACAGCAGCACUCGCCACUGAAGACAUGUUGUAUAUUUGUGAAUACCAUUGUACACAAUGUUUAUUUUGAAACGUACAAAGAUUCAUUUGUUUACGACGGAGGUUCUCAAACUGAGGUCUCCCAGUAUCAUUAUACCGUCCUAUGUGUGUGUUUGUGUGGGCCAAAUGUUUUUGAAAUCACUUUCAGGUUAUACCUUCACAGCACAUUAAG